AUGAAUAUGGCCGGCAUGAAUCCUGCUGCCAUGGCGCCAGGCGGUCCUGUUGGUGGUGGAAUGAUGAUGAUGAACAAUGGCAGCCCGGCUACACAAGUCAACAUGGGCAGCUCUCCUGAACAAUUGAAGGCUCAAUUAAACACAUACAUCUACGAGUAUUUCCUCAAGCUUGGUCACUAUGAUCUUGCUCGAAGCCUGCUACGUGAGGAAAAAUUCGAACUCCGUACGAAACCGCCGGUCAAGCAAAGCCCCGGGCGACGUAAAGAUGCUGAAGUGAAUGGUGUUGAUGGAGAUGCCAUGGAUACCGAUGUCAAAGACGAUAUUCCUGACGACCUUCCCCGCCCCCAGCAUGUUACCGAUGCCAACACCCCUGGCAUCGGCUUUCUGUUCGAAUGGUUUAGCAUCUUUUCCGACCUUUUCACUGCGCAUCGCUCAACCAAAAUGCAGGGUGGCCAGGGCGGGAAUAUGGGACCAGCUGCUCAAUAUUUGUUUCAACAUCAGAACAUGCAACGCAUGAGGGAGAACCAGCAGAAUCAGAACCUCGCUCGACCUGGCAUGAUGCCCCACAACCGAUUCAACAUGCAGGCUAAUCUGCGUGGCAACGUCGUGAAUGGCAAUAAUAUGGCUAAUAACACCCCUCAGCAAAUUCAGCAGCAAUUCAAACAGGCACAGAUGCUUCAGCAGCAACAACAGCAGCAGCAACAGCAACAGCAGAUGCAGCGUGAACAGGGCGAUGUGGACAUGAAUGGUCGGGCCUCGUCGCCGGCGGAGGGCGAGAAUGGUGGGUCGCCGUCCAAGAGACCCCGACUCGAAGGUCAACAGUUCAACGGUGGCAUGAUGCCUAAUGUGCGGCCAGGAAUGCCCAACGUGGGACCUCAGCCCAUGCUGAUCCAGAACUCUUUCCAACCCAACAUGAACAACCCUCAGUUUCGGCAAAACGGCGGCAUGCCACAGAAGCCCAUGCAGCCCGGAAUGGCUAAUGGUAUGUUGAACAUGGGCAAUUCCGGAUCACCUCUCAUGCAGAACGUGGGCCCUCCGUACGAGAACAAUAUCCAGCUGGAGCUUUACAACCAAAGGAUGGCUACCCAACAGAUGCAAGGUGGUCCAGGUGCAGGCCAAACUGGAAACCAUGCUCUUCAAGAUUAUCAAAUGCAGUUGAUGCUCCUUGAGCAGCAGAACAAAAAGAGAUUGAUGAUGGCGAGACAGGAGCAAGACAAUGCUGUCAACCGAGACGGCGGCCCAGGUGGACCCAUGGUUGGAAUGCAACCCGGCGGCAUGUCACCAUCAGGCAGUCGAACGGGCACUUCGCCCAUCCCAGUUGACGGGAUGAAGCGCACGCCACAACUCGGAGGCAUGCCUAACUCGCCAUCGGCGGGAGACAUGGCAGGAAGAUCGCCUGGCACAAUGAACUUCAUGAACGGCAUACAGAGCACCGACUUCAAUCCCAACAUGUUUAUGAAAGACAAUCAAGGCAUGGUCCCCGGUGCUCCCAAUAUGAGGCCUCCCACGGCUAUGGAAAUGCAGGCAACCAUGGCUCGUCAACAGCAAAAUCGUAUGGGUGGCCAGUUUCAAGGUGGUCAACCAAUGGUGCAGCAACCCUCUCAAGGUGGAGGACCGCAACCGAUGGGCACGCCUGGACAACGGAACGAGAUGCCACCUCCUCAAGCUCCCGCCGGGAACAAUGCUCAACGCAAUCAGCCUGGAUCCCCCCAGAGUGGCAACGCUCCUCCAACCCCGUCCACAACGAACAAACCGAACCCCAAGAAGAAGGCCAAGGAGGAAGGAACAAAGAAACGUCCGGCCAAGAAGGGUUCAACAGCUGCCGCUGCUGCAUCUUCGGAGAAUGAGCCUCCUGCAACACCCACUCCUUCGACCCCUCUCACUCCAGUGCAUCCUCCAGGUUUCAACAAUUCGGCCGGCAAGGCCGGUGGUCCUGGAAUGCCGAAUCCCAGUCAAGCUCCUCCACCAAACGCAGCCAUGCCGCCCAGUCAACCACAGAUGCACCAGCCAGAUCUUUCCCAACAAAAUGCUUUCACCGACUUCAAUGCGGACCAGAAUUUCAACCUGGAUUUCAGCAGUUUAGAGAACAGCGACGUUUUGGAAAACUUCGACUUUGACAGUUUCCUGAACACGUCCAACGAGGACACAUUCAACUUCGACAACGCCAUGAUAGGGGGAGACUUCGGGGUUGACGCAACUAACGAAUAG